AUGGAUCCAGAGACAACAGACUCGCUCCUCUCGGCCGACGCACCCGCUAUCAAGAAGGGCAUCCGAGUCAAAUACGUCCCAUCCAGAUAUAAGCAUGCCGCUGCUGCAGCCGCAGCUUCUACUCUUGCCAACACUGUCGAUUCAAAGUCCUCUGAAACCGAAAGGCCGCGAGUGCCUCCGUCACAACCCCCUGGUGUCGCAGCGGAGGCUGUCCGAACCAGCUCACGCAGCGAGCUCGAUAUCGAUCAGCGCAAGCGCUCAAUGGCAACGAGCCGUCUUGCCACAGCUACCCCACCUUCAGACACCCUGGAAGCAUCCUCGAAGCCUCUGCCAUCGUCGUCGUUGCCGGAUGCCCCUCGAGACUCGCUCCUGGGACCACGACGAACGACGCUGAAGGCCGGUCGGUUCGUGGCCUCCAAGGUCGAAUCCGGGCUUGGGCAGCUCGCCCGAUCCGAGGGGGCAUCGAGCCGCAAGUCCAUGCUUCCCAGCCACAAGUUUGGGGAGAGCCCAGCUCCCCAGCCACCAAAACCCAGUCUCGGCUGCCGACGGACAUCGAACGCCGAGCAACUUUACAGCUCCGAGGCCAAGCGAUCUGCACUCGGCAGGCCGGUGGCUGGUCGCCAGCCUGAGGCAGAGCCCUCAAAGCUCUCGAGCCGGCUGGUGCGCAAACCGUCCUCCUCGCUGAUGCCGCUCGACGAGAAUCCCGACCCCGAGCCAGGCACAGCAAUAGAGCCAGCUGCAUCGCUCAAGCCAAGCAGCUCGCUGCCGUUCGAGGAGGAGAUAUCGAGUCUGCAUGCUCGUCUGAUGCAGUGGCACAUCAUCGGCACCAAGGCAGAGAAAGCCUUUGAGCGGCAAAGGAAUGACGCCGAGUCCCAGCUGCUCGAUAUGUGGCAGAUCCUAUCGGCCAAGCGCGAGGAGCUCUAUCGCGAGAAGCUGGAGCUCCAGGAAGAGCAGCAGCUCGAGCGGCUCGUCCAGGAGCUGGGCUACCAGUACAAAAUGCUGUCCUCGAUUGAGAAGCACAUUCCCGAGUUCCAGGUUCCUUUCAACCGCUUUAUCGAGUCCCUCGACAUCAAAAGCAUGCGGAUGCCCCUUGUGAAUGCCGUGUGCCGUGACAGCCCUGAGCAUCUGACCCAGGCUCUCGAGGAAUGCAACCAUGCCAUGACCCAGCUUGGGCAGAUCAGCUGCACAAGCUUUGGAAACGUCCAGGAGCUCUCCCAGCACAUGGCCAAGCUGAGCAGCCUGAUGCAGGACGAGUGGAAGGAGCUUGAGGAGUGCAAGGAGCUCAUGCUUGAGAUCUCACGGCUCGAGCGGGUCGAGAAGAGCCUUGUCCUUGGCGGGGCGCCGAUGUAA